AUGGAGCUAAAGGACCUUCUGAAGGCGCUCAACAUCAACAGCAGACGCGCUUACGAACUGCUAAACGUCUUGUCGGCCGUGCCCAACGAACGCCCUAUGCUGCAGAGAGUGAAGUACCCCCAACACUCCGAGCUCGUCUUCCUCGAUGGCGAGCCGCUCCACCUGCCCAAUAUCGCCCUUCUGCCCAACAGCCUGGAGAGGGAGCUGCACGAGCUCCACCAGCUGCUGGGCUACGUGGCCACGGUGCCGCAGCGAGAGCGUAGUGGUGCGCCCGAGAUGAAGAAGGCCCGCAACGACCCGCAGCCUGAACACCCAACGACGCUCGAGGAGCUGGCGAAGGCGAAGGAGGAGUGA